CUACUGGGCGUGGCGACCUUUCGUGGGCUAACACAUCAGCAGCUAUUGGGCCAAAAGAGGAGGGAAAGAAAAGAAGAAGAAGAAAAAAAAGAACCGGAUGAAAGGCCUGGCGGCGACGACCGCGGCGGUGCGGACAAAGGGGACGAGGGUGGUGAAAAUGGCAAGAAAUCGCAAGGGAAAGUGAAGCUCAGGGCAGGCAGCAAAUCGCCAAUCCCAGAAUCGCCACCGGGCCAAGCAAAGCUCCGCUUCCCCCAGCUGCUUGCCGCUGCUGCUCGGCUGCUCCCUUCACCACCGGGCAAAAGCAAACCAAAGCAAGCUCCCCUCCACCCACCAGCUGCCGCCGAGGCGAACCAUCCACACCCAGUCACCGGGCAGGAAAUCGCCGGCGGCGGGAGCAAGAGCAAGCAUCCCUACCCCAGCAUCGGAUCAUGGCGGAUCAGGAGGCGGCGGAGGCGGCGUGGCCCCCCUGGACCUCCCUCCUGCUGCGGGCGCUGAGCCGGCGGCGGACCUGGGUGGCGCUCUUCCUGGCCGUGUACGCCGCGCUGCUCUGCUCGUCCUGGAGCCUGCUGGCCUCCGUCCGCGCCUGGUACUACCACUCCUCGGCCGCCUCCUCCGCCUCCGCGUCCGCGCCGCCGCCCCCGGCGUGGCCCGCGGCGCUGUACGCGUCCGUGAUGUACGGCGCCGUGUUCGGGCUGCUGUCCAUGGGCGCCGCGCUGGCCGUGGCGGCGCCCGCCAUGCUGGUGACGUGGAUCACCGUGCUGGUGCUGCUGGCGUUCGCGGGGCGGCCCCGGCGGUCGCUCGUCGCCGAGGGCCGCCGCGCUACGCGGGACAUCGCGGGGCUCGCGCUCCGCGUGCUGCUGCGCGAGGGCAACGCCGUCGCCGCGCUCUGCGCCGCCGCCAGCUUCGCCGCGCUCCUCCUCGGCCGCCGCGACGACCGCGACGGCGGCUCCUGACCGCCGCUGGAUUCUUGUCCGCCGCGACCCCCCGCUCCAUCUUCCCUCCCCCAAUCUCUUCUCCCUUUUUUUCUUCCCCCCUCUUUGCACCUGUUCUUGACGUCCGCUAAUUUGUUCGUUACCGACUUUACAGUUACUAGGGGUAAAUAUUUCUUUUUUU